AUGGCUUUAAAACGUAUUAACAAAGAACUCAAAGACCUCGAACGCGAUCCUCCUUCUUCAUGUUCAGCAGGUCCUAUUGGAGAUGAUUUGUUCCAUUGGCAAGCAACUAUUAUGGGCCCUGAGGAUAGCCCUUACCAAGGUGGUGUUUUCUUCUUGUCUAUCCACUUCCCUACUGACUACCCCUUCAAGCCUCCAAAGAUCAACUUCACUACCAAGAUCUACCAUCCCAACAUUAACAGCAAUGGCUCCAUUUGUCUCGAUAUCUUGAAGGACCAGUGGUCUCCUGCUUUGACCAUUUCCAAGGUUCUUUUAUCUGUCUGCUCUUUGCUCACUGACCCUAACCCUGAUGACCCACUUGUACCCGAACUCGCUCAUAUCUACAAAACUGAUCGUUCUCGCUACGAGUCUACAGCAAGAGAUUGGACCAGAAAAUAUGCUAUGUAA